CCCGAUCACGUCAAAGACAAUAACCAUUGUUCAACACGAGCCUCUCAAUUCUUUACGAUCACAAACCAGGGCGACAGAUCUUUGAGCCUCCCAUGCCAGCACCCGCGACAUGGGAGGGAUGUUAACGCUGCUGUGUCACCUAACCCGGGCCGAAGGUGCGCCAAGACAUCACUGCACUAACACUUACACCCAACCAAGGGCCAGCAAGGGCCCGCAUCGACAUUCCAACUGCUGCAGUUACCCAUCGACUUCUCACCUCCAUUUUACUUUCCCUUUGUCAUGGAAAUUGGACGAUGAUUUCUUCUUUCCGCAAACCCUGGGCGCUACAUCGUGGGAUCUGAUCUGGUUUCCCGUAUCCUUGAGCAUUUGUUUCCCGAACUGAAACCCUCGUGGCCUUGAUUUCCAGCUUCCCACUAAGGCGUUUCAGGCAGGAGCAUGGAAGCGAUAGAAACCUGUUUCUUGCUGCUCGCUAAGAGAUUCACAAAACCUAUAGCGCAGUGGUUGAAAUCAUCUCUUUCGAGCACCAAUCC